AUGCUGUCCAAGAUGCAGCUCGCCCAGCUGGCGGCUUUCGCCAUGUCCCUCGCGACCGCUGAGGCCGCCUACCAGGGCUUCAACUACGGUAACAAGAACUCCGAUGAGAGCUCCAAGUUCCAGGCCGACUUCGAGGCCGAAUUCAAGGUCGCCAAGAACCUCGUCGGCACCUCCGGCUUCACCAGCGCCCGUCUCUACACCAUGAUCCAAGCCUACAGCACCAGCGACGUCAUCGAGGCCAUCCCCGCCGCCAUCGCCCAGGAUACCUCCCUGCUUCUCGGUCUCUGGGCCUCCGGUGGCGGCAUGGACAACGAGUUGACCGCCCUCAAGUCCGCCAUCUCCACCUACGGCGAAGAACUCGGCAAGCUCGUCGUCGGUAUCUCCGUCGGCAGUGAGGAUCUGUACCGCAACUCCGUCGAGGGUGUCGAGGCCGAUGCUGGUGUCGGUGUCAACCCCGAUGAACUCGUCACCUACAUCAAGGAGGUCCGUGAGGCCAUUGCCGGUACCGCCCUCAGCGGUGCCCCCAUCGGUCACGUCGACACCUGGGACUCCUGGACCAACAGCUCCAACUCCGGCGUGGUCGAUGCUGUCGACUGGCUCGGUUUCGAUGGAUACCCCUUCUUCCAGAGCAGCAUGUCCAACUCCAUCGACGACGCCAAGGCCCUUUUCCAGGAGUCCGUUGAGAAGACCAAGUCCGUGGCCGGUGACAAGGAGGUCUGGAUCACCGAGACCGGUUGGCCCGUGAGCGGUGAUUCCGAGGGUGAGGCCAUUGCUUCCAUUGCCAACGCCAAGAUCUACUGGGACGAGGUCGGUUGCCCUCUGUUCGGCAACACCAACACCUGGUGGUACAUCCUGCAGGAUGCCGCCCCGACCACCCCCAACCCCAGCUUCGGUAUCGUCGGCAGCAACCUCACCACCACCCCCCUGUUUGACCUGUCUUGCAACACCACCUCUUCGUCCUCCUCCGCUGCCGCUUCUUCCGCUACUGGCUCCUCUACCGGCUCUGCUGGCUCCGUCAGCGGCAACAAGGGUACCGGCUCCCUGACCUCUGCUGGUUCCGCUGGUGCCGGCGGUGCUGCCAAGCCCACUUUCACUGUCGGCCGCCCCGGUGGUGUGAACGGCACUGCCUACGGUAACGGUACCUACCCUGCCCGUCCCAGCGGCUCUGCCUCUGCUCGUCCCUCCGGUGGUGUCAUCUCCGGCUCCGGCUCCGGAUCCGGCUCCAGCGGUUCGGGCAGCUCUGCCACCUCUGGUCAGUCUGCCUCAGGCAGCUCCGCCGCUGCCGCCGCCGCUUCCUCCGGCCUUUACACCGGCAGUGCCAGCAGCCUCUCCGGCUCCACCUUCGGUGCCGUCGUGGCCGUCUUCCUCGCUCUCGCUGCGUUGUAA